CCAUAAUCAAGUCGAUAAGCUACAACGUAAGUGCACGUAAGUUCCUAUUCUAAGACUAUAUCAUGAAGCAUUUGCUCUCUUCUUUCUUAACAUUUUCAUGCAAGACCUAGAAAGGAAACACUGGCUCUGGCCAUUAGAAAAGGUCUUUAAAGAAAAAGUUAAAAAGCUUAAAAUGGGUCUGUCGAAUUCUAAAAAGCCCAAAGCCAAGCAAGCCCGAAUUCUGCUUCUGGGACUUGAGUCUGCUGGGAAGUCUACGCUCCUUUACAAAUUGAAGCUUGAUACGGAUAUUGUGACUAUGCCAACAGUAGGUUUCAACGUGGAGAUGCUUGAGUUGGCAAAGGGCGUCUCACUCACGGUCUGGGAUGUUGGAGGACAAGAGAAGAUGAGAACCAUGUGGGACCUCUACUGUGAAAACACUGAUGGGCUAGUGUAUGUUGUGGACAGUACGGACACACAGCGGCUGGAAGACUCCAGGCAAGCGUUUGAGCACAUCUUGAAGAAUGAGCACAUUAAAAACGUGCCUGUGGUCUUGUUAGCCAACAAACAAGAUGUGCCUGGAGCUCUAAGUGCCAAGGACAUCACCAGGAUGUUCAAAGUGAAGCAACUCUGCAGCGACCGGAACUGGUACGUGCAGCCCUGCUGUGCCGUCACUGGGGACGGGCUAAUGGAGGGGUUCCAGAAGUUAACUGGAUUUUUGAAAAGUCACAUGAAAUCAAGAGGAGAUGCUUUAGCAUUUUUCAAGCAGCACUGAGGUCCAAGUGGAGGAAGAGAUGCUGAUGAAGUUGAAAGGGUAAUUUUUUUUUUUCCAGGCCAAGUAAGAAAAGCAAAUUGCCAAGUUGACAAACUUUUCCUGAAAUGUUAUUUCACCUAAAUUCCAUUAAACAACUCGGAAUAAUAUCUGGAAAACUGUUAUUUUGGGCCAAACACUUUAGCAAACGAUGUGGUAAUGAUAAUUGUGAAUGAAAAUGUUACAAUUUUGUGCAUGUUUGAUGAUUCCAAAUAAUCAUAUUUGAGAACAAACAAAUUCUUGCCUUAUUAUUUUUACGUGACUGCUAGAACCAAGUUUAAGCUGCCAAUAGAGUCAGACUUCUUUCAGACUGUUUCCAGCUGUUACAGGUAUUCAAUUUCCACCAGGCUCCUGUGUAAUAGCUGGGUGGUAUAAAAAAAUGAACUUUAAAUUAUGAAGAGGAAAAUGUUUGCUGUUAAUAUUUUAUAAACCCCUAUUCCCUAAAUAAAGGGAUUUUGUUUUGUUCUGUUUUACUGUAUUCCUGCUAGGUUUUUGAAAUCUAUUGCUAGAAACUUCUUACAGCGAGUCAACCCUGAACCCCAGGCUGCCAAGUGCCCAGUGGCUGUGUUUUAUAGGGAGCAGAAGCUUGUAUCUUAGAGCUCUGGGGAUCAAGAGAGCAUGUUAGAGUUUAGGGCACGGUCUGGACUUAUCGUCCAGCUGGAGGCUGCAAUUCCAAGACUGGCUUCGGUAGAAUUCAAUAUAACAGUUAUUACUUGGGAACGUAUGUGCAGCUCACUGUACUGAUCAAACAGGAACCAGAGCCAUACUUUGCUCUCAGAGACCUGACAAUUCACAGGGGAGACAAACAAAAUACAGGCAGCAGAUAGAAUAAACCAGUAAGGACUAAGUGCUGUAAUAGGAGAGCCUCAUUCUGACCUGGGGAAACAAGAAGUGCUUCAUGCAGGAGGUGGUGUUAAGUACCCAACUCUGGGGGACCCUGUGGAAGGUACAGGUUAGUCACUGGAAGGUCCCAUCACUUGGAGAUUCUCCAGAGACAUUGCUGGGGAGGGGAAGAAGGGAGAAAGAACUGGAGAUUGAACUGGAAUUCCCCUGAGAGGCUCAGAAGUCCCAGAGAGGCCCUGGAACUAACAGAAGACACUCUUUCCCUCUGCCCUACCACCAACAAGGCUCAUUUGGGUUAGAAGCAGGCCUCAGGCCACCACUGCAGCCCCUGGGACUCCAAAUUGUAAGGUCACAAAGGAAAAUAAAGGUACAGUAAAGCAAGGGUGCUUGCUCCUGGAUUCCUGCUGUAGUUUUU